AUGUUGUUAUUAAUUAACUUGUCUGAGACGCUCGUGCUUAUCACCACAUCCGAGGGAAAAAUAGUGGAGGAGCAGCAAUGCCACGACUACGGCUUUCGGCUCACGUGUCGGGACCUGGACUCCCACAUCGCUGUCUUGGAGGCCUGGUACACCUCUUCCGAGGACUACCAGAGGGAGAAUUCCUCCCAGCCCCAGAACCUCCAGCUACGAACCGAAAAUGACUCAGAACUGAAUCGAGUGUACGUUUAUUCUAGUCCAAAACAUAACGGCGUGUAUGAGUUAACCAAUUUAACGUACCCUGACAAUACCACUUUAGAUCUCUUGAAUUUGACGUUUAACGAAAGUGCAAACAUCACUGAUAAUGCCAGUGCAGUGAACAUCACUGAUAAUGGAAGUGCAGUGAACGUCACUGACAGUGAAAUGGAAGUGAACGGGAGUGCGUGUGGUGUGGUGACGUAUUCACGGAGCUACAGCAGUUGGAGAGAGGGAGACAAGAGAAAGAGAGCCCAAGAGAGGAGUGCGUCAGUCAAUUUGAGGGCGCCCUUGAGUUACCGAUGCACUGGUGUGAACCACUGCAGCUUCGUGCUGGUCGAAGACUACCCGCCUGCAGUGAGCUGGUCUCCGGGUGUGGUCUACAUCAAGUACGCUUGCUUUGAUGACACAUUAUCAAUCCAUUACUGCAACCGGGAGGUCCACGUCGCCAUAUCGGGCGAGGAAAGCGAGGGGUACAUCCGUACCCCAGGGUACCCCAACUUCUACGUGGAAGAUGUCUGCCAGUGGCGGCUGGUGGCUCACCCUGAGCAGAGGAUACGGGUGACUUUCCUGGACGUCAGUUUGAGAAGUAUAGGUCCCUUCGAGAGCUCUUGCAAGGACUACGUCUCGGUCCAAGACUCGAACGGCGACUCUAUGCUGUCAUCCUGCGAGCAAGUGGAGCUGCCCUUACGCCUCACUAGCGCCACCAACGCGGUGGACGUGAAAGUAGAGGCGCGGUCGCAGGGCGCCUACCCGAAGAGAGGGGUGCUCCUGCAUUAUAAAAGCAUUGGCUGCGUAACGCUGCCAGCGCCAUCUGACGGUUACCUCGUGUACCGCAAGAAAGACGUUGCUCACUACAUGUGCAACGUGAACUACGUUUUCGUCGACACCCGACAGAGGGCGCGAUUAAUAUGGUGCUACGAUGAUAAUAGCUGGAAUGACACAGUGCCUUUGUGUGUGGCCGAGGCGGCUGCGAAGGCCGGCGGGAACGAUUCGGCUCCUGGGCACGACACAGACGCGAAGCUGCCGCCGCACGAGCAACCAGACAUGAUAGUCGAUAUUGUGAUUCCGUCGCUACUAAUAGCGGCGCUGUUCAUUGGGAACGCGUUCAUCGUUCUCAUCAUAUACAAAUAUAGAAAACGGAAAAACGAAGAAAUCGACGAUGAGUUCAACACCAUUCCACUGAGCGUGAACGGGAAUGUGCACAGUGCCGGCAACGCGGUUUAGUCGUAUACACUGGGGGAUUACACUGUAAAGAUACGGUUCGUGGUCUGAAACUCUAAACCAACGUUUUAGUACGCUGUGAGCCACAGUAAAAAGGUUAGAGUAAUAUAUCUCACUUAAAGACACGCGCGUGCUUAUGAGUGUAAAGGUACAGUUACACACGCUCAUGAAAUAUCGAAGUGAGCAUGCUUAUUAUUAGCAGUGUUUCGACACAGUAUGUGUACUGUGCACACUGCUACACUGCCACACUGCUACUCAGUAGCAAUUUGUCGAUAGUGGCAUGCACUCAAAAUAAAAAAAAUAAAAAUCAAAAAUAUUUAUUCAGUUUAGACCACAAGUGGCACUUAUGAAUGAGUGCAAAUUGCAGUGCAUUCGUGCUAGUAAUGAGUGCAAACAUUAUACAACUCUCAUUGCGGUGCGCUCAAUUUAACAUUCGUACCAGAAAGUUUAAACUGCAACUAAGUUUGAUCAGACAACACUAACUUACCUGAAGUCGUAUUAUAAAGCAUCGUAAUUCACAAACCAUUCAUAAAAUGGGUUUCUUGAGACGUGUCUUACUUUGAUGACUUUUUACUGUGGCUUUGGUAGUUGUUUAUGUGCACUACACGAAUCGUGAGGACUAAAUGUGACAAAAUGUAGUUCUAGGUUUGUUUUCAACGAUAUUUGAAUUUAUUUUGGAGUAAAGCGUACUUGAUUCCAAUAACUGCUGUUAAAUAAAACCCAGUAAAAUCGCCUAAAGAUCUCUAGUUGGAAAGCCUAAUUAGAAAAGUUUAAUUUAAAAUAGUGGCCAUGUUAUAAAAGUAGUAUAGUAACAUUAGUUAGUAAUCAUACAGUGUAAUCUCCUUUUUCAAUUUGACAAGCAGGCUCUACACAGAGUGACGUCACACCAAAAAAUACUCCGACAACACGUCGCCAGUCUGUGUAUGGCCUUAGUAUUAAGAUAUUUAUUUGUUAAUUAGAUACCUCGACUAGUGAUCAUCCGUCAUAGUCCAGUGACCUUUCUUUAGAUUCUUUUAGCGAUUAAGUAUGGACUGAUAAUGAUAUGAGUACUCGAUUUUAAAGUAGAAGUUCAUUUCUUCGCACAGUCGUCACUGCCUUGUUUGUCACUAUCGUCGUCAAUUAGUACUAAGGGUGAGCGCACACGGGCGAUUUCUUCAGGGAAUCUAUCAUUUGUGUGGGAAUUUAUUUCGAGGAAUCAAUCCAUCAAUCGGUCGACAUGUAGGAAUUUAUUCAAGCGACGAAAUCGUACGUGUGCGGGCAUCCUAAUUGUUAUGGCUUGAUAGGUCUCAGCUAUAGGUUAUUUGGAACUAUGCUAUAGGUAGGUAUCGAUGUGAUUAGUUUCGUCUUGAAAUUGUUAAUGUUUUUGUAUGUAUUCGGCGGAGUCUGUAUAAAUUCUGUAAUAAAUAAAGCACUUUAUCUUUA